GCUGUUGGGCCAUGUGGGAGCGCAGGGCGCACGGUGCGGCGCUGCCUCCCUGCAGCAUGAAGCUGUCUGCUCAUCGGACAGCCGAGAAAAAAAAAAAAAAAAAAGACAGGUCGACCCACCGCUUGAAGCGCAUCCAAGCUUCUACUUAAACAGAUUACAGCAGUGAUUGUAAGGAAGAAGGGGUCGGAGUAAACGCUGGGCGGAAUUACUUCUCCUUCCGUCUCCGAGCGACACAUAGAAGCGGGUUAUUCGCGGUAUAAAGCAGGCUGGAUCCUUACAGAACCGGCACCGAGAGACCGUACGGGCUAAUGGGACCCACAAACUAACCUCUCCAGUCUGCGGAUGGAACAACGACAGAGACUGGAGUUGUUUAUGGUGGAGGCGAAACAUCAUGACUGAGCCUGAAGGAUGACCAUCUUCGGCGGAGUUCCUUCGUGCAUUUACAUGAACAGCAUACCCUCUACGGAGACUUCACCCGGACUCAUGGCUGAGGUGUUUAUGUACAUCUCUACUGCAGAUGGUGAGUCAUACCCUCUUCUGUCCGAAGUGUAUUGGUAAAUAGCCGGCCUCACAAAGCCAAAGGAUCUCACUUCAGCUGGUAAAUAAAGCCCUCUUCCUUCUGCGCAGCGUGGGAGAAAGUGCUGCUGCAGUGCUGGUGUGGCAUCUCAGUGAGGCUGAUAGCUGUAGUGAAAGCAGCGUUGAGAGAUCAUCUUUCAGUGUGUGCCACUCACCUUUCAUUGACAUGGCCCUGUAAGCCGGCUGUGAGGGCCGAGCUGCUGGUGGGAACGGACUCAGACUCUCACGCGGACACAUUCUGCAGAGAGGCGCAGUGCACCCAUGCAGAGCAUCUCCUUUAUGAGACUGAGCGCUCAUACAUGAAUGAGGAGUCAUGCGAUUACUUGGAUGACCUUCAUAUGAGAUUAGGACACUUUGACAGACUUUUUUUCCCCCUUUAUGCCUAGUGGGUCUGUAUGGUGGGAGCAGAGUGAGGGCUGGUAUUGAUUCCUCUGCUUUAUGAGUUUUCUUUACUGUGAGAGUGUGUCUGAGAGGAAGAGGGAGACAGCAUGGCCAAGCCUCUCCUGAGGAUACAGCGAUAUUUCUGCAGAAAACCCAUUCGAUUCUUCUCCCUCAUCUUGCUUUACCUGACAGCAGGGAGUCUCGUCUUCCUGCACUCCGGAUUUGUUGGGGACAGCGGUCCCGGUGGCCGAGUGGGCCGGGACUCUGUUGUGGCUUCGGAAGGGGGCGGCCGGGCUUCGUCAGACACUCGGGGGCUUGGCCUCAUGAGCAGGGUGUUCAAGGAGACACGCAAGUCCGGUCGGAGAUUUGGACCUCGUUGGAUGAGGAAGAGCGGACAGGGGGGCCACGACACUGUGGGAAGAGUGGGAGACUAUACCAGUACCUGGAAUCGAGCUCUUAAAGGACGCAAUGCCAAAGACAUGGAUGAUGGAAGAGCAAAGUAUGUUGGCUGCUACAUUGAUGACACUCAGAAAAGAGCGCUGAGAGGAGUUUCUUUUUUUGACUACAAAAAAAUGACUGUAUUUCGUUGCCAGGACAACUGUGCUGAAAGGGGGUACAUGUAUGCGGGUCUGGAGUUUGGAGCAGAGUGCUUCUGUGGGCACAAGAUCCAGGCUCCCAACACUUCAGAGAGCGAGUGCAAUAUGGAGUGUAAGGGAGAGAGGAGCAACAUGUGUGGAGGAGCCAACAGACUUUCUAUCUAUAGGCUUGAGCUGAGCCAGGAGUCGGCUCGCCGCUAUGGCAAUGCCAUUUUCAAGGGCUGUUUUCACCGGCCAGACAAUGUCACAGCAGCACUUCCCUUCAGCGCUGUCAUCCAAAACAUGUCUGUGGACAAGUGUGUGGACAUGUGCACAGAAAAGGAGAAAUCGCUGGCAGCUCUGGCUGGAGAGCAAUGUUAUUGCGGUUUCCCGACUCCUCUCUUCUCCCUUCAUGAGCUAGAGGAUGAGGACAUGUGCCUUCAUCGGUGCCCCGGAGAAGAGUUUGAGAGCUGUGGAAAUGACAAGUUCUUUGUGGUGUACCAGACACAGGUUCAAGAUAACCGCUGCAUGGACCGACACUUCCUUCCUUCUCGCACUAAGCAGCUGGUGGCGCUCGCCAGUUUUCCAGGAGCUGGCAACACCUGGGCUCGCCACCUCAUAGAGCUCGCCACCGGCUUCUACACGGGCAGCUAUUACUUUGAUGGUUCCCUUUAUAACAAAGGCUUUAAAGGGGAGCGGGACCACUGGCGGAGCGGGAGGACGAUCUGCAUUAAGACGCACGAGAGCGGCCGGAAGGAGAUCGACGCCUUUGAUUCAAGCAUCGUCAUGAUCCGAAACCCCUACAAAGCCCUGAUGGCAGAAUUUAACCGCAAAUAUGGAGGGCAUGUUGGGUUUGCCUCACAGGCCCACUGGAGAGGAAAAGAGUGGCCGGAGUUUGUCAAGAACUAUGCCCCUUGGUGGGCUUCUCAUACUUUGGACUGGCUGACUUAUGGAAAGAACGUCCAUGUGGUCCACUUUGAGGAUCUAAAGAGGGACCUUUUCUCCCGGCUCAAGGGGAUGGUCCAGUUUCUGGGACUGAAAGUCUCAGAAGACCGACUGCUCUGCGUCGAGGGCCAAAAGGACGGGAACUUCAAACGAUCGGGACUGCGUAAACUUGAGUAUGACCCAUAUACUCCGGAUAUGCGGGUGAAUAUUGACAAACUGAUCAGGACCGUAGACGCUGCUUUGAAGAAAAGGAACAUGUCUGGAGUUCCUGCAGAAUAUAUGCCAAGAUGAUAAACGCGAUUCCUUUUAGUUUAUUUUCCCUCUUUUUAAGUGGACUUUCUGUUAACAGUCUCUGCCCCACAUUUUGUGGGACUGCAAGACUUUAAUAGUUUUUUUCGAUAUUUUUCUCUGGAUUAGGUAGUUUGGAAAUAAAGUGAGACAUCUGUUUCUAUAAUUAUUGUUUCUGAUCCACUAUUUGACUUCCUGUAAAACCUUAUGCGAGAGAUAUACAUUCACACCUAAGUAUAUUUUUUCUGGGAAAUGCUUGGUUUUUUUGUAUGAAAAGCACUUCAUACCCUGCUCUAUGCACAUGUGCUGUGCAGGCAUGUGCACAUGCCCUAAUAUCACAGAGGUACAAAGGCUGUGACCACAGCGAAGCUUCUCUUCCCGGCUGUGCUGGAUGACGUGUUUCCAGAAGUGUUUAGCACAAGUUAUAGAAACCAGUACUACAAAGUCUAUUAAACAAGCCUGUUUUGCACAAAAAUAAAUGACUAUUAAAGGAAAAUCAACAUGUCUAUUUUGAUUUGCUCUAAUAGUAAAGGCUGUUAAUAACGAAGUUCUUAUAUUCCUAAUUUGUUAAUCUGAGAGGAGAAAUUCUGUAUUUAGAUUGUGACUACAUGAUGACAAUGUUUCCACAUUUCUGUGACUUAACUUUGUGUAUUUUAUCUUUAAAAACUCAAGAAAAUUUUCUUUGUCUUUAAGGUAGAUCUAGAGUCCCUUUUCAAUGGUUAAUGUCCUCGUCAUUAUUUAUUUCGGGUGUGCACUGCAUAAGUUAACAGACAUGUUUUUGGAUUUUUCUUCCUAACACUGGACAUGAUGCAAAAAAAAGGAAUCCAAAUAGCACUACACUGUGCAACACCUUCCCCAAAGAUCACUUAAGUUAUUACAGUCACCCUGUAGGGUGGAGAUCACCUUUACAUGUAUAGAUACUGUAGAUGUAUGUUUUUUUGUUUUUGAAGAAAGCUGUUAAAGCUGGUAGUCAGUUUGAAUUAUUUUUUUAGUCUACUAAAAUUGGUUCCCAGUCAAACACCUAUAAAGGUACCCUGCAUUCUUUGCCAUAUCUUUGAAAAUAAGCAAAUCUGUACAAACAAAUAAAGAUAAACAAGAAUCUGACGAAAAGCACUGGCGGCCUACCUAAAGCCAGAAGACAUUAACAGACUUCCAUUUUCAGUAUAGUAUUAAUAUAUUUUUAUAGUAUAUGAUGAUGAGAAUUUAGAAAUAUUUGUAAUACAAUGAGCAAAUGGGAGAAGCUCUUGCUCUUUUCAACAAAUGCUUUAAAUUGUAUUGGUUUGGCUUUCACUGACAAGCUGGCGCUUUCAGAGCAGAUGUCAUGUUUGAAUGUAUUUUCUAUGAACAGAAUGUAAGGUGCAAACACAAUAAAGGAGUAAAUCAAAUAAA